AUGGCGUCAGCUAUCCUGGCUCUGAACAUGAUUGUCUGCGCGUGGGCUGUAUCCCCGCCCUCGAUUUGGGAGGGCUCGCCCGUCGAAUCUGUAGGCUGGUUGCCGACUGGUGCCGCCCUUGUUUCUGGGUCGGAUGACCUUACGGUGCGCACAUGGAAUGCCAGCACUGGUCAGAGUUUACAAAUUCUCGCCGGUCAUACAGACACAGUUUGGUCGGUAGCCCCUAGUCCGGACGGCAAUCACAUCGUCUCGGGCAGCGCAGAUCUGACUGUUAGAAUCUGGGAUGUAGCCGCAGGGAUGUGUCUGCAUACUCUCACGGGCCACACGGCUCAGGUGCGAUCUGUGGCUUACAGUCCAGACGCCAAGACUGUCGCGUCUGGCGGUUGGGACCAUACAGUCAAGAUCUGGGAUGCUAGCACUGGUAACUGCUUGUGGACGCUAGAGGGACACAAAAACGACGUUUGGUCUGUUGCCUACAGUCCAGAUAGCAAGUACCUCGCAUCUGGAAGUGCAGAUCGUUCCAUCAAGAUUUGGGAUCUCGCGACGGGGCGAUGCCUGCAAACCCUCCGAGGUCAUAAGGAUUAUCUUCGGUCGGUGGUCUACAGCCCAGAUGGCGCACACGUCUUGUCUGGCAGUGAUGACCGCACUGUCAAGGUCUGGGAUGCAGAAAGCGGUACCUGCCUUCUGACUCUCACUGGCCACAGCUACUACGUCUGGUCCGUGGCCUACAGCCCGGAUGGCAAGCACAUCGCCUCGGGUAGUUGGGACCAAACCAUAAAGAUUUGGGAUGCUUUCUCUGGCGAGUGCUUGCGGACCCUGACCGGCCACAAGGACGUGGUGGACUCCGUGUCCUACUCCCCAGAUGGCCUUCGAGUUGCCUCGGGCAGUGAUGACGGCUCUAUCCGUGUUUGGGACCCGAGCCAGCCAGAGAACGGCAGCGUCGAAUCCGAGCCCAGGGUGAGUUUUGACAGGCAGGGCUGGGGGCUGCACCCGACCAGGAGUAAGAAAACGGGGAAGGCGGUCGAGGUCCUGGUGUGA